CGUUACGAUAAUUUGAUCGGGAUCGAAAUCAUUUGAGUGUUAGAACUUCCGCUUUAAAAACAAAAUGCCGAUAGAAAAUUUAGAAGAGGAGGGUCUUGAGAAAAACCCCAACUUUGAACACGCUCAGUGGAAAUUUCUCUUAGAAACAGCCAAAUACAAAAAUGACGUGGAGAUCAAGAAAAAACUUUUGGCUGCAGUUGAAGGGAACAAUAUGGCUCCUUUUUACGAACAGUUGUGUAAAGAUUUGAAAUGGAAGUGUGACGAGAAUCUCUUAAAAAAUAUGAAGGUAGCAAAUGAAGCAGAACUCAAGAAGCUGGACAUCUCCAUAGAAGAUGCAGAGAAAAACCUAGGGGAGACAGAAGUUCGGGAAUUCAUGUUAAAGAAAGCUGAAUAUUUAUGUAAAAUUGGAGAUAAGGAGGCCUCGUUGACCCAGUUUAGGAAGACACAGGAGAAGACAGUUACCCUUGGAUACAGACUGGACCUCGUGUUUCACCUCAUCAGGAUGGGCCUCUUCUACAUGGACCAUGACCUCAUCACAAGGAACCUCGAAAAGGCACAAAGUCUGAUUGAUGAAGGUGGAGACUGGGACCGCAGAAACCGCCUAAAGGUGUACCGCGGGAUCUACUGCAUGUCAAUACGCGACUUUAAGCAGGCGGCAGCACUGUUUCUGGAUACCGUGGCAACAUUCACAUCAUACGAAUUGAUGGACUACCAAUCAUUUGUCACCUACACUGUGCUGUGUAGUAUGAUUGCAAUGGAGAGGCCCGAUCUCAGGGAAAAGGUUGUGAAGGGGUCUGAAAUUCUUGAAGUCCUGCACAGUCUCCCAAAAGUCCGGUCCUUUCUGUUUGCUCUCCAUGACUGCCAUUACUCAGAUUUCUUCAGAUAUCUAGCUCAGGUAGAGGACACUUUGAAGUUUGACCGUUACCUGUCGCCCCACUACAGGUACUACACUCGGGAGAUGAGGAUCAUUGCCUACACCCAGCUGCUGGAGUCCUACAGAAGUCUCACCCUGGACUACAUGGCCAAUGCUUUUGGGGUCACAACUGAGUUCAUUGACCAGGAGCUAGCAAGGUUUAUUGCAGCAGGAAGACUUCAUUGUAAAAUAGAUAAAGUAAAAGGCAUCGUAGAAACGAAUCGUCCAGACAGUAAAAACUGGCAGUAUCAGGCCACAAUAAAACAGGGAGAUAUCUUGUUGAACAGAGUCCAGAAGCUGAGCCGGGUGAUCAAUAUAUAAACAGUGAUCUAUUAAUAGACAGGAUGAGAGUGUGAGGGUCUGAUGUGAAAGAAUGUCUACAUUCUGUUACUGUGGAGAGUCUCAUAAACCAUGAACUUUUUGAUGGAUCAGUGCUAAUUCAUUUUUCUGUUUUCAUAUUGCUGUAAUUCUUGUGAUAGGAAGUACAUGUAACUCAAAUAUUAAAGCUUGUACAAGAUAUAAAACAACAUCAAUAAAAAUGUCAUAGAAUUUA